AUGCUUAGUUGUCCGCCCUGGUUACCCAUUUUGGCGGGCGACUGUUCAUGCUUGCCCCGAGUUGCGCUCCAGGCUACUGUGGUCGACCUUGACCCAAAACCACUGAGCAAGUUAAAAGAACGACCGUCUGUGGACAACCAGAUAGUCGAGGCCUUUCUGGCUGCCGUGGCGGACACACGACAAACUACUGAGACUCCCACUAACACUGCAGAUUCUGGCGAAGCCUCGAGCCUCUUCAGCCAGAACAACUCUUCAAAAUAG